GGGUAUAAAUGGAACCGACAAGGCGAAUCCUCCUCCUACCCCCGUCCCUUGUUCUUCAUCGUCGCUUCGUCGCUUCGCUUCCCUGAGCUUCCGCGCACGCCUCCGUUCUCCGACGUGAUCGCCGGAUCCGGGUCGCCGGCGAACUCUAGUCGAGGUAAGUGGAUGUGGGUUUCUCUCCUUUUUCCUUUCUCGGGCAAUCCGCGUUGAGAAUUUGAAGAUUUUCGAGGGAUGAAAUGCCAAGGGGGCGGGUCCUUUCCGGACGAGGUUGUCAUUCAGAUUCUUUCCCGAUUGCCCAUUAAGUCUCUGUUCCGGGCCAGAACCGUGUGCAAGCUCUGGCAUAGGUUGUUGUCGGAGGAUUACUUUGUCCAUCUCUACAAUGAAGAGUCCGUCAGGAACUCCAUGGUGGUGGUGGAGGUCUCCGAGUCGCUGGACUCGGUGCCCACCUUCAUCUGCGUCGAUAGGUCGAGGGGUGUUUCUGAAUUUUCUCUGGAUUUCUUGAAUGAUAGAGUCAAGGUCAGGGCCUCGUGCAAUGGCUUGCUCUGUUGCUCGAGCAUCCCUGAUAAGGGCGUUCACUAUGUCUGCAAUCCGGUGACUAGGGAGUUCAGGCUGAUCCCGAGGAGGGAGAGGUCGAUGAAUAGGUUUCAUCCCGACGGCGAGCCUACUCUGGUUGGUUUGGCUUGCGAUUUACAUGCGCGGACUUUCAGCUUCGUGCUGGCAGGUUACCACCGGACUUUCGGUCACCGGCCUGAUGGGACGUUUAUUUGUUUUGUGUAUGAUUCGGGAUCGAACAAGUGGAGGAGGAUUGUCUCGUUUCAAGACGAUCAUUUCACGCAUAUGAGCAGGAACCAGGUCGUGUUUGUUAACGGCGCCCUUCACUGGUUGACGGGUAGCUCCUCAUACGUUCUCGUGCUCGAUUUGCGUUACGACGUCUGGAGGAAAAUGUCCUUGCCGGAGCAGGUGAGUUGUGGGGCCGGGACUAGGGCUUAUCUGUUAGAGCUGGAUGGGGGCUUAUCGAUAAUUCAGAUCUCAGAGGGCUGGAUGAUCAUUUGGGCGUUGAAGGAUUAUGAGAUGGAGAAUUGGCAAGUGGUGGAUAAAAUUAGUCUGAGAUGCAUCAGAGGUUUGGUGCCGGGCAUUUUCCCAAUAAGUCAGACGAGUGAAUAUUUAUUCUUGGCCACUCAUAAGCAGGUAUUGGUGUAUCAACGAAAGAGCAGAGUGUGGAAAGAGAUGUACUCUGUGAAGAACGGGUCAAUGCUCCCCUUGUGGUUUUCAGCCCAUGCUUUUCGCAGCACCAUCUUCUCUUGUAAAUGAGUUCACUAGUUCAUUUCCUGGAAGUCUGUACAUACUGAUAACAGGUAUUGAUAUUGGAUUGGCUAUUCGUUGCGUGUGGAAAUUCUUUCAGUGAUGAGAUAUAUAUGUGGUCAGGCUAUGGUGCCAUGUAAAUCGACUAGUCUUUGACAUUAUCAUUCAAGAAGGAAAAUCAUGUCUGGAGUUCAGCGAGGUAAAUUACCUUCCAAGAUGUAAGCUUAUGCUUUUAAGUGGUAUCCUGGGACAAUUAAAGCAAUAAUACAAAUUUUCUGUGGUGUUUGAAUGUUUAAUUAAUACCAUAUUCGCUGCUCAGCAAUGGAAACCCUGCUAUUACAUGUAUCCAGUAUCAAUGAUUGCUGCUAUUC